AUGCCCGCUUCAACUAGAACAAAAGCUGCUCGUUUAUCACCAAAAAGUAAACAAACGCCUGCAGUUAAAUCUAAGAAACGUACACUCGAAGAAGACAAUGAUCAACAUGAUGAUAUACAUAAUGGUGAUACUCAACCACAAAAACGCACAAAACCAGCACCUGAAGUCGUUCAUAUAACAAAUGGUCAUUCAACAAAAAUUAAGCCUCGUGCAAAAACACCUUCAGCAUCAUCUGUAAUAAAUGUAUCUUUUCCAGCAUUUUCUCUUUCAACAGCUGGUCAAGUAUUAGCCGUCGGUGAAAAUGGCAUGGCACAAUUAGGUCUUAAAAGUGCUAUAAGUCAACGACAAAAUCCUCAACCUGUUCCAUUACCUGAACUUGUUAUACAAAUAGUUUGUGGUCCACUUCAUUCCGUAUGUCUUACAGAAAAAAAUCAAAUAUUUACAUUUGGUUGUAAUGAUGAACAUGCAUUGGGUAGAGUGGAUAAUGAUGAUGAUGAUGAUGAUGAAGCUGAUCAAUUUGGAUUAGUUGAUAUGAGUGGAGUUAUGGAUAUAAAUCAAGAAAAAAUUAUUCAAUUAGUUGCAGGAGAUAGUCACACAUUAGUUCUAUCGGAUGCGGGAAAAGUUUAUGGUUGGGGUACAUUUCGUUCUAGUACAACUGGUGUUUAUGGUCUUGUACAAAAAGGUGUCAUGGCUAAAAGUCCAGUUGAAAUAAUUUUACCAGAAAAAAUUGUUAAAUUAGCUAGUGGUUAUGAUUUUGUUUUGUUUCUAAGUGAAACUGGACAUGUUUAUUCAUGUGGAAACGGUGAAACAGGUCAAUUAGCUAGAUUAAAUCGUUAUGCAGCUGAAGAUGGGUUACGCGGUGGCAUUGAUCGAUUAAUUCGACCCGCACCAAUUAUCUAUAAUCGAAUAGGAAUAAAGGCUAAAAAUUUAUUAUUUGAUGAUAUUUUUACUGGUUCACAUCAUUUCUUUUUAAAAGUUCAUGGUCAUGAUUGGAUAUUAGGUGGUGGAUUAAAUAAUUUUAAUCAACUCGGUUUACCGGUCGAUGAACCAGUUUAUUUUCCGACAUUUAUUCCAUCACUUGAAGGUAAAAAAUGGACAAAAUUUUCUGGUGGACUACAUCAUACACUUGGUCUAACUGCUGAUGGUGAAGUUUAUGCUAUGGGUCGACAUCACGAAGGUCAAUUAGGUAUUGAUCAAUUAACAACGCAUUUAUCUCAACCAACACUUAUACCAAAUUUAUCGAAUAUCAUUGAUAUCUCUUGUGGUAAUCAUGUUUCAUUUGUUAUUGAUCGAUCUGGUAAAGUGUUUUCGUUUGGUGCUGGUACAUCAUUACAAUGUGGUCAUGGUCAAGAAGAUAUUAAAAUUCCUCGAAUGAUGUCAUCCAAAUUUAUGGAUAUUAAAAUGAUUACUAAUAUAGCUGUUGGUGCGCAACAUACGUUAUUUCUUACGCAUGAUAAUCCAAAUAAAGAUGAAAAUUAA